AUGCUUCUCACACCUCGAACAUAUUCGCUCGCCCAAAUCCCGGACGACGGCUCGCACAAACCCCAACCUUCGUAUUUCCUGCUCACGCCUUCGCGAAAGGAGCUGCUUGUGGAGGAACGGCGAGCGCGGAGAAUGCUCUUGCUCCACCAGACGGGGAGCGUGAAGGUGGGCGAAGUCGUACGAUAUACACUCACUUAUACGCCAUCGGAAGACCGGAUCCUACCGCCACCUGCCUUCCUACACGUUAAAGUCAAGAACUCCUCUGCAAUCCCGCUGCGAGCCGCAUACCUCCACGGACCCUACACGAUACAUGUCGCCGCAUACCCUUCUACCUUCAAUCCGAAUAAAAAAGUUGAGGCUCCGAAGAGAGAUGGCGUCCCGGAGUUUGAACCAAAUCUAAAGGCUGGAGGCUCCUGGAUCGCCAGGCUGACAGUUCCGGAGCACAUCAGAGACGCUGGAGACCAGCGGGAAUUCAGCAACACAUCAGGCGACAAACCCAAGAGCGCGACGUGGAUAAUCGAAAUUGCCUCUCAAAUCAUCUUCUCACAGUCCGCUUCUGUAAACUAUGAGCUACUCGUUGCUCGAGACGAAAGAUCACUAGACUUGGGAUUCACGGCCAUCACCGGAAACACUCACGGAGCGCCGGGACAGGUCCAAGAUCAUCAGCAAGGAAAGCGCUCGCAUACUGUUCAUCAUCAAGCGCAGCCGAAAGGCGUAUAUUCAAAGGCUGUCAAACUAGUAGUGGAUGACACUGCUAGUCUUUGGAAUAAGCCGGAGCUGCCGGAGUGGGAACGUGAUCCUACUUCUCGACGAAAAUCGCGGGAUAGCCAUCAAGAUAGACCCUCGGUGGAACGAAAGCAGAAAAGGAUUCAUUUAGUUAUAUUGACACAUGGGUUACACAGUAACCUUGGAGCGGAUAUGUUGUAUCUGAAAGAGAGCAUCGAUGCCACAGCAAAACAAGCACGAGAAGAUAGGACGAGGCGGCGGCGCGGCGGAAAUCUGUCAAAAGCUACAGGUGAUGACCUGACUGAUACUUCUACCGCUCCCCUAUCAGGGGGUCAAGAUCGCAUUCCCUCAGAGGACGAUGACGAUGAUGAUGAGGAAGUUGUCGUUCGAGGCUUCGAGGGCAAUGUAAUACGCACUGAGCGCGGGAUCCAAUAUCUUGGAAAGCGACUUGCCAAGUACGUCCUUGAGCUGACAUACCCUGACCAGCCUUUUCUUCCGAUUAAGAAGACUGUGAGUCAGAAGUUCUCAAACACCUUCGCGGCAACCAAGGACAGGCUAGAUGAAGGUACCCCGGCUCAUUCUGGAAGUACCAUCCAUGAGCACCACCACCACCACGAGCCCAGGCGAGCAUAUACGUAUACAAGUAUAAGUUUCAUUGGUCAUUCUCUCGGCGGUCUGGUCCAGACCUAUGCUAUUGCGUAUAUCCACAAACAUUCGCCCAGGUUCUUUGAGAACAUAAAACCUAUCAACUUUGUUACCCUGGCAUCCCCGUAUCUCGGUCUAAGCAACGAGAAUCCUAUGUAUGUUAAGUUCGCUCUGGACUUCGGGCUCGUUGGAAGAACGGGGCAGGACCUAGGUCUGACCUGGAGAGCUCCGACGCUGGCAAAAAGUGGCUGGACAGCAAUGGUCAGUGGGCUUGGCGCCCAAAACCAGAAGGAGCACAGGCAAGACGAUCCCGGAGCGAAACCUCUUCUGCGGAUUCUGCCAACAGGCCCUGCACAUGUGGUCCUCCGAAUGUUCCGGAAUAGAACAGUGUAUUCCAAUGUAGUGAAUGAUGGGAUUGUACCAUUACGCACCAGCUGCUUAUUAUUCCUUGACUGGCGGGGACUUGGCAAGGUCGACAAAGCUAGACGGGAGAACGGCUUGAUAGGUACUGUUGCCGCUUGGGGCUUUGGUCAACUAACCGGCCAGAACACGUCCCCGAACCCAUCUAAGGUCACCUUUUCGGAGAACGAGAAUGACGGUGUUGAUUCCCCAGCAUUCAGUGGAGACGACACUGCGGUUCCUCAGCCCGGAGCAGAUGUCAUCAACCAAGAUGAUGAGGCACAGGCAGCUGUAGAGCCCAGCUCCGACCAAUUUCUUGAUGCACGCAAACACAAUCCUGGUGGACGUCCUCUCAGCCCAAAUUCCAACUCGAGCCAAUCGACGAAUACCCUUUCAACCCUUUGGAACUAUAUUCGGCCCUCAGGCAAGCAUACGUCCAGGGACAAGAAGAUGUUCAGAAGGAGUCAAACUAUCCAGAUCGAACAAGAAGAAUGCAGUGGUACUUCAACUUCCGAAGCGGCUCCAACCCAAAAUUCCGAACAGCCAAGAAAGAGGCCCCCUGCAACCCGUGGCGACUCACUCCUCAAUGAUCCGAUCAGUCUUUCUGCCCCGCCGAAAACUACAAUUUUUGAGUCUGCGGGUGAUCUCCUUAGUCCUCCAGUUCCUCCAAGCAACUGGAUAAUUGAUCCAUCAACUCGAGCACGCACCAUUUUCCAUGACCGCGUGUACCACCCCGAGGACAUUCCCCCUCCGCCAGCUAAGCGCCCCGUCCGUUAUGUUCGGUCAUUCUCGAGCGAGAGCAGCACAGCAUCCCAAGCCACCGAGCAAAGUGGAGAGGAGGGAGGCAUGCGGGUGGAAGAAAAGAUUGCCCGUGCGUAUCACCAUGACCUUUCUUGGAGAAAGGUUCUGGUGCGCCUUGAGCCAGAUGCUCACAACAACAUUAUCGUACGACGCAUGUUUGCCAACGCUUAUGGAUGGCCGGUAGUGAAGCACCUAUGCGAUACCCAUUUCGCAGAUACAUACACGGCUACCACGAGGGACGAGCUUGAACCUGCCAUUGAUCGCGCAAGGGGUAUCGAACAACCGGUUCAAGAGAAUGGAGAACAAGUAAAGGGGCAGACAGAUCCACAGCCACCUCUCGAACGUACCCAGAGUGAGAUGAGGGAAGUCGCCGAUGAAUUGUUACCGCUCAAAGGUCAUGAGCAUCACCGCAGGCUACACACUGCAGACUCGGCAAAGAGCAAAGAUUCUACAAUCUGGGAUGACUCAUAUUUUGAUGGCACCUCGGAUGACGACGCUGACGAGCAGGACGACCGCAAUGCCAUCCAAAAGUUUCUCCAGCUGCCGCCUCCAAGGAGUAAGCCUACUUCGUCCACCACGCCAAAGACUCCUGAUUCCACUGGUACAAGUGAGGCGGAGAUCGCCGAGUUUCUCUCAUAUUCUCCUGCGCCACUAGAUGUCCACCGAGGCCUAGGUGCUUCGCCAGGAAGAUCGUCCCUUGCUCGUGAACCCGACUCUCUUGAGUCCAUGGGCGGAAUACUUAGCAAAGCACGACAAGCAUCCAGUCCCCCACAGACGUCGACAGGCACAAUCAGUGACAUUGAACUCAGGAGGUCUCUAGAACUAAAUUCUCCCUCCAGCCCUCAGGAAGGUCGGGGAAGAAGCGGCAGCGGAGGCUUAACGGAGCAGGUGGCACGUUUGAGCCUUUCCAAGGAUCGCAAGAAGAGUAAUUGA